UGUCUCUGCGUUAGCGGAUGCUGAGUGUGCAGCUGGUCGGGCGCCUGUUCGCGAUGGCCGGUCGUGUCUGUCUGUCCCGGAGCAGCGCUGGAUUGGGGACUGUCGGUCCCGUCGAGGCAGCCAUUCGCACGAAGUUAGAGCAGGCCCUGAACCCCGAGGUGCUGGAGCUGCGCAACGAGAGCGGCGGCCAUGCGGUCCCACCGGGCAGCGAGACACAUUUCCGCGUGGCGGUGGUGAGCUCUCGCUUUGAGGGACUGAGCCCCUUGCAACGGCAUCGGCUGGUCCACGCUGCGCUGUCUGAGGAGCUGGCUGGGCCGGUCCACGCAUUGGCCAUACAGGCACGGACCCCCGCCCAGUGGAAGGAGAACCCUCAACUGGACGCAAGCCCCCCUUGCUUGGGUGGGAACAAGAAAACUCGCGGAACCCCCUGAGCCCCCAGAGAGGGAAGACUAGGAUCCUAAUGGUUUGGGAAUAAACUACGGGCUUUCUUUCCUUCAAUACGGUCUGGUGUUUGUAAGGGACAAGGAUCCUUGGGCCCCAUUCAGCCAGCACGUACAUAUAUAUCCUCUGGAGAUAGCAACUCAUUUCAGAUCAAAGCUUAUCCAAGGAAAGAGAAUCACUCACCACUGCCCUUGCC